GUUGAAAUGUCCCCGUCACUGAACAAAAAAUUGUCCGCUUGGCCGUACCCGAGGCUAGAACGGUUCCCGGGGAGGUUGGAACGGUUUCGGUAUAGGACUUAUAACUUCCUGGAGAACCGCCUGUGGCCAGUCCGUCCGAUCUACUUUUUGGCGCUUGUCGCUCUAAUCACUGGCUAUGGCUUCCCCCAAGACUUACUAAAAUCCUUUUUUAUUUCCUAUUCCCUGGUAUUUCUACUUCGUCACAUCCUGAAAUACACCUACUUUUCCUACAAGGGAUAUCUCAAGGAGAGCCCCAAAAAGCCAUCCUAUGCUACCAUAGUAUGGGGUACUGUAAAGAAGAUCCUAAGCCAUGUGGCACCACCUCAACUGUCAUCCUGUGACAGGUUGCUCUCGAAUCUUCCACUGCCGAGGUUAGAGGACACAGUGACGAGGUACACGGAUUCUAUGAAGUUUGUGAUUUCGGAGGAAGAGCACAACAAUCUGAUCGCCACUUCAACUCAAUUCUUAUCACAUGAAGGACGAACACUACAACGCUUUGCCUGGCUUUUACACCUAAUCACAGACAACUACGUCACCUGGUUUUGGGAGAAGUACAUCUAUUAUGCAGGAAGAUAUCCCCUCCCGAUUAUCAGUAGUACCUGCCAAUGCGUGCUUUAUGGAGAGGAUGACCUGACACAAGUCUACCAGGUGGCUCGGUUACUGUACAUUGAGACAUUGGCCAAUUUGUCGGUAGAUCGACAGGAUUACCUGGCGGUCGGCGACGGGCUUAUGUCUACUCGGCACUACAGGAACAUUUACAAUGGGAGCAGAGUUCCUGGUGCAGAAAUCGACAAUUUCCAGUGGAACCCGCCAAGCCGGCAUGCUCUCGUGGUGCACAAGGGUACCUGGUAUAAGGUGGACACGUGUGAUGAGGAUGGAAGGUUGUACAGUGUGAAUGAGUUGGCGAAAAUCGUCUCCGAGCUCACAACUCGCCAGGACAAGUCCACCGGGUUCCUCUGUAAAAUCAGCAGCCUAACCGCCGACCGUCGUACCGAAUGGAGCAAAAACCGCCGGAAAUUCUUCCUAAACAAUGCUCACAACAAAAAGCUUCUGGAAGUCAUCGAAACCUCACAGUACGUCAUCUCAAUGGACACCGCCAAAUGGGGUGUAGAGACCUCUGACAAAAUGUCAGUGUACAUGAAGGAUAUGCUAGCUGGCGAUGGGACGAAUCGAUGGUUCGACAAGACCAUGAACUACGCGAUUUGUGCAAAUGGGCGCGGUGGAGCCACCGGAGAGCACUCGCCUGCAGAUGGAGCAGAGAUGGAUCACGUUUGUGAGAAUUUUUUGAAUUUGGACAAGCAGAUUUUGAAGUCGCCGAGCAAGGAAGAGCAGUUGGAGAUUGCCAAGUUGGACGAGCCGUCGAAUUAUCUGAAAUUAGCUGAAAAGCUGGAGUUUGAGGUGGAGGAAGGAUUGGAGGAAGAAGUUGAACGGUGCUAUGAAGCACAUACAAAAGCUGUGGCAGAUUUGCAUGUUCAUUCGAUAAUUUUCUUGGAUUUUGGCAAGGGGAGACUGAAGAAGUGCGGGAUAUCGCCGGAUGGAUUUGUGCAGAUGGCUAUUCAGUUGGCGUAUUUUGAGGACCAAGGAAAAUUCACGCAAACCUACGAGACAGGCUCAAUCCGAUUCUAUGCAAAUUCCAGAACGGAGACCGUACGGCCAGUGACCAGUGCUUCCUGCAAGCUCGUAUGUGCUAUGUUGGAUGAAACUUCUAGUAAACAAACCCGAAGACAACUGCUGAAAGAAGCCUGCGAAGUUCAUGUGAACAAUUGUAAAGAGGUUAUGCUUGGAAACGGGUUCGAUCGUCAUCUUUUUGUGCUUUGUGUCAUUGCGAAGGGCCUCGGGUACAAUAGCCCGUUCCUUGACUUUUUCUCAAGUCAGAAGUGGCUCCUGAGCACUAGUAAUAUCCCAAACAUGACAAACUCCAUUGCCGAGGACACCUCUGUGAACAAUAUAAUGCUCGGCGGCUCCUUCGGUGCAGUUGCUCAAGAUGGGUAUGGAAUUUGCUAUCGAUUUGGUGGAAAUCAUGCGAUAUUGGUUCACAUCACCUCUUAUCAUUCUUCGGAACUCACUGACUCGGAGAGAAUCGGAAAUCGGUUGAAAAGCGCUUUUCAUAGACUUGCCGGGCUUUUUGAUGACUAAACUUGUAAAUUUGAAUGUGUUAAUGAAUGUUAAUAUACGAACGUUGUUGUAAAAUACAACUACCAAAUACACUUUAA